GGCAUCUUCUGUUGAUAUAUUCAAAACGAGUUUGAACCUACACAGUGUUACAAACUGCAAGGAAUAAUAUAGGUCGAUAGACCUCCUAUCCUCAUUACUGAAGACUGAAAUAUUUAAUCCAGAUCGGAAUUUGUAGGUCAUACGCGCGAUGAUUUGAGAUUAUGACGAAGGUCUAUAUUCUGUAUGAGCACGCGUUAGGAUAUGCACUGUUCCGAGUUAAAGUCAAAUCAUUAGAAACUUCAGAUGCCGUUGCUGCGUUACAACAGUUAGCUGCAGAUCUGUUAAACGAUGAAGAACAGUUUAUGAAAUGUUUUAAACUGCACGCAUUUGUGCCUUUCUCCUCCUCAGCUAGUGCUCUACAAAAUUGUAAUGGGAUAUCAGAAGGUGUUGUUCCACAGGAACUUAAAACAUUCAUAGAGGAGAAUUUACCUGCUUCCGAUGUUUUGCUGUGCGUCUCAGACCGGAAACUUGCUGAAUCUCUUAAAGCGCCUGAAGUUGGAUUGCCUGAAACUAUUGCAUGUUCAUCUGAAUCCAUUCUUCACGAAGUCUUUCGGGCUCUCCGAUUUUACUUUCCUAAAUACAUCAAAGAAUUUUCGCAUUUCGAUGAAUCAAAAGCUCAAAUAGGUUUGGGUCAUAGUUACUCUAGAGCCAAAGUGAAAUUUAAUAUAUACAGAAACGACAAUAUGAUUAUUCAGUCCAUAAAUUUACUAGACCAAUUAGAUAAAGAUGUGAAUAACUUUUGCAUGCGUGUCAAAGAAUGGUUCUCUUAUCAUUUCCCAGAAUUGUCAAAAAUUGUUCCUGACAAUCCAACUUUUGUUAAAGUAAUCGGUCUUAUUCGCACCCGAGCUGGUGCAACAGAAGAAAAUCUUGAAGCAUUGGAGGCUUUAACUAAUAGUCAAGUUGCUUCAGAUAUAAUUGAGUCUGCUAAAUCAUCCGUUGGCUUUGAUAUUACGGAUGAUGAUGCUGAGAAUUUGGCAACAUUCACUGAAAAAAUUAAUGCAUUAAUUGAACGUAGAAGACUAACACAAGAGUAUUUAGCAAAGAAACUUGCUGGUGUUGCCCCAAACUUGAGCACAAUGAUUGGAGACAGAGUAAGUGCAAGGCUAAUUGCUCAUGCGGGAUCUCUUACGAACUUGGCUAAAUUCCCUGCCUCGACAAUUCAGAUAUUAGGGGCGGAAAAAGCGUUAUUCAGAGCAUUACGAACUCGUGGUGCCACACCAAAAUAUGGAUUGAUUUAUCAUAGUCAAUUUAUCACUCGUGCUGCGCGAGAAAAUAAGGGGAAGAUCUCUAGAUUUUUGGCUGCCAAAUGUGCUAUAGCCUCUCGAAUCGACUGCUUUAGUGAAGUGCUUUGUGAUAUCUAUGGAAAACAUUUGAAGCAACAAAUUGAGGAUAGACUGAAUUAUUUUGAGACUGGCACCACGCCCCCUACAAAUGCUGAAGCUAUGGCGCGCGCAAUUGCUGAGGUGAAUAAAUAUAUUCAACGAAUGAAGAAAAAAGCUAUCAAAACACUGAAUAAAAGAGAUUCAGAUAGUCAAGAAGAAGAAGAAGAAGCAGCUGUCACAACAGUUGAAACACCUAAAUUAGAUAGUAAGAAGAAACGUAAGAAAAAGCGUAAUUUAAUAAAUGGGAACAUCACUACCACUACUACUGUUGUGGAUGGUGUUUCUAAUGAUCCGAAUGAAAUAGUGAAUCAUGAUGAAGGAGAAUUAGAUCAACAACAACAACAACAAACAACUGAAAUGAAUCAACAUCAACUGAUAAAUGAUGAUAAAGAAGAGAAAAGUACAACAAUGAAGAAAAAGAAAAAACGUCAUCAUUCAGAAUCGAUUGAUCUUGUUGAAAAUUCAAUGUUAACAAAUGGUGAUCAUAUUUAUGUAGAAACAAUAGAAACAUCAAUAUUAUCUAAACGUAAACGAUCCGCUUCUGAAUCCAGUAUACUAUUAGAGGAUAUAAAAUCGGAUAGUUUAAAAAAGAAGAAAAGAAAAAAACAUCCUAUAUGAUGUGAUUGGAUUAAUUUACAUUUAGCUGUGUAAAAGACAAUCAGCUCAAUUUUUGACUAUUUAUUGUAAAUAGUAACAUUAUUGGUUAUUUUUUGGUUGUUGUUGUUGUGGAAUACAAAAUGUAUUAUGAA